ACGGUUCCCGUGUGCUGCGCUGUGUUUGGUGGUGGCGCGUGAACAGAAAAUAGAACCGGCCACGAUCGCUUUCCUGUUGGCGGUCUGGUCAGUUAGAAAGGGGGAUAAAAAAAUGGUGAAAAGGAAAAAUGGGAAAACUGGCCGUGACAGUGGAAACGAACAGUAAAAAAAAAACAUCGCCGUUCUCAAGAGGAUCAUGUGUAGUGAUUUUGCUUUUGCGUUCCCGCUACUGCUGUAGUGUCAAAGUGUCGGCAGAAAAUGCCUGCCCUGAAUUACUAAUCAGCCAUAAAUUCUCGGUGUAACAAGUGAUUUGGCAAGUGAAAGAAGGCAUCAACAAGCACUAACCCACAAAAAAAAAUCGUUCCAAAAAAUUGAAUCCGUGUUGUGCUCAAAGGAAAAAUAAUAAUAAUCAUAAAUCCUACCGAGCGAAAGUAGCAAGUGUGCAAGUGUAAGCAAACGCCCAGAGAGAGCAAAAAAAAACGAAAAAUAAGAAAAAAAGAUAUCGUUAAGUGAAGUUGGCUACAACGUUUCUUGGUAAAUUGUGCUGUGUGCGUGGCAGCUCCUGGUGAAAAAUUGGAUCAAAAGAAAAGCAAAGCGCCCAAAGCAACUCCAAUGAAAUGAAUAUCGGUAUCAACUGAGCUGGAACCGGAGCGGCAACGAACAGGUACGGAGAACCUGUUCGCAUGCGGCUGCCUCCUGAUGUAAUUGUGAACCACGUGCAAUUUGUAGCAAACACAGCUACCCCACACGCGAUGUAUGCAGCAAAAAGAUCACCGCUGGAAGAGGCGGUCUGGUGGUUGAGAUUUUUCGCUGGCACCGUUCCAGUGAGGAUACAGUGAGAUUGUGUGGCAAGGAAACACGCACGCGUAAAAGCAACGCCGGUGCCGAUCGAAAAACCCGGGAUGGAACGAACUAUCCUCUUUAGUGACACAUUUGUCGAUCGGUUAAAGCGCACAGUGUAAAAAGAAAAACAGACAUAAAAUAGUGCAAAACAGCAUAUCCGUACGAACGUAAUAAAGUCAAAUGCGUGUCGUCCAGGCACGCUGAACCGCACACAGACCGCACAUAAUGAAUGUCUCGAACAUCGACUACGAGGUGCAACACCUUCUGCUCGGCAAUGGAAGCGGCAGCAGUAAUGGCGGCGUUAGUACUGGUGGCGCCAUCUAUGGUGACGAGUCGGCGAUAGGAGGUAAUCUUACCGCGCGGAUAGUUGGCAGCAACGAAAGCAUCCUAACGAUCGUUUCCUGCUACGAUGACUACCUGCCCAACGAGGUGCUGGUGGAGUUCGAGUUCUGGAUCAGUGGUGUGGUGAUGAACGUGAUCGCACUGAUCGGUAUUCUGGGCAAUAUAUUCUCGAUGGUGAUCCUGUCACGGCCGCAGAUGCGUUCCAGCAUUAACUACCUGCUGAUAGGGUUGGCCCGCUGUGAUACGGUGCUGAUCCUGACCUCGGUACUCAUCUUUGGGCUGUGUGCGAUCUACCCGCAUACGGGUUACCUUUACUACUACCAUUAUCAGAUCUUUCCGAAGAUUUCGCUGGUCGUCUAUCCGCUGGCGAUGAUUGCCCAAACGGCGAGCGUCUAUCUAACGCUCACGGUCACACUCGAACGCUACGUGGCCGUUUGUCAUCCGCUGCGGGCUCGCGCCCUCUGUACGUACGGCAGAGCCCGGCUGUACGUGGUGGGUAUACUGAUCUUCUCGAUCCUGUACAAUCUGCCCCGGUUCUGGGAGGUGACUCUCAUCUCCUCCACCCACCCGGACACGGGACUCGUCAUUUACUGCGUGAAAGCGUCCGACAUGCGUACGAACGAAACGUACAUCAAGGUGUACAUACACUGGCUGUACAUGAUCUUCGUCUACUUUCUACCGUUCAGCUUGAUCUCGUUUUUCAACCUGAUGAUAUACCGGCAGGUGCGGCGAGCGAACAAGGAACGGCAGCGACUAUCGCGGUCGGAGAAGCGCGAGAUCGGUCUCGCCACCAUGCUGAUCUGCGUGGUGAUCGUGUUUCUGCUCUGCAAUCUUCCCGCCAUGAUGAUCAACAUCGUCGAGGCGUUCUACAGCGUGAUCAUCGAGUACAUGGUGAAGGUGUCCAACCUGCUCGUCACGAUCAACUCGAGCGUUAACUUCUUCAUCUACGUCAUCUUCGGCGAGAAGUUUAAGCGCAUCUUUCUGUUGCUUUUUUGCAAACCCCGCGGCCGCCAAUCGCCGGAUGACGGUCUUAUCCAUGACGACAGUUCCUUCUCGAACGGAGACGCCAGCAAUCGCAAUUCGGGCCGCUUCCAGCGUGUCGGCACUACGCGCAGCACCUCGACCAAGCUGAGCAACUGCAGCAUGCGCACGAUACGGACAACGGUCCGGAGCACGCGGGCACCGUCACCCGGGCCGAUCGUGUACUAUCCGGCGCGUGAAACACUGCCCCGGAUCACGCAGCCACCGACGAUCACGCGCAGCAGCUCGAUGUUCCCGGACUGGAGCACCCGGGGGGAGAACGGUACCAACGGGGGGAUCAUGAUGGCGUCGUCCGGCUUCUAG